AAAACAGCAAAUCCCUAAAAAUUCAAUCGGAUUCAGCAGCAGGCAGCAACACACUCUCUCACAUCUUGUAGUAGAAGAAGAUGGGGUUACAAGGUCAACUCUCCGACGUCUCCACCGAUUCAAUCCCUCUCAUGCUCGUCGCUCUCCUCGCUACUCUCUUCAAACACGUCCGCUCUUUCUUCCUCAGAUUCUCUAAUCCUCACACAUCCGUCGACGAUGCUGCUGCUUCUUCUUCUGCCUCGGUUACUUCAGGACUCGCGAACCUCGCCGUACUUGCGGACCAGCUCAAACUCAACAGACUAUUCUCUUACAGCUACGUUGAUAACGCUGCCUCGGACUGCAUCGUGUGUUUGUCUACGCUUAAGACGGGAGAAGAAGUGAGGAAGCUUGAUUGCAGACACGUGUUCCAUAAAACUUGUUUGGAAGGUUGGCUCCAACAUCUUAAUUUCAACUGUCCGCUUUGUAGAUCUACCUUGCUUGCACAUGAAGGUGAACCGAUCUCUUCUCACUGAAUUUGUCUUUAUGACAAAAAAAAAGAAGGAAAGAGAGAAGAAGAGUUUGGGUGUUUUUAAUCUCGUUGCUUUCUCCUCUUUUCUUUUUGGGUUUGUGAUUAUUUCCUUAAAAUUGGUAUUUUUCGAAAUUCACUUCUUUAUAUAUGUUUUUUUUUUGUUUGAGGGAUCGAACGGAUAGAUAGUGUGUGUUGAUGUAAAUCUUUAGUAUGAGAAGUGUUGUUUUAGUCUUUUGUGUUUAGAUUUGUAUCUUGUUCAGAUUUUAGAAAACCAAAAGCUUUGCAUUUGUGACAUUCCUGCAUUUACCUUAUAUCCAGUCCUGGA